AUGAAUUAAUCAGAAAUAACAAACUACUUAACACAAAUGGCUAAAAUAUUUGAGAGAUUUAAAUUAUUAUCCAUGACUUUAGAUUAAUUUGAAGAGAAGUAUAUGAAUAAUUAAAAUGAAAAUAAGGAGGAGAAAGAAAUUAAAGAAAUAAAAAAGGGAUUAAAACAAUAAUUGGAAUAAUUAGAAGAAGUGAAAAUAUAGACCCCAAAGAUUAAAUAUGAUUCAGAUAAUAAAACAUAUUAUUGUUCUGAAUGUUCUAAAUAAUGCAACUCAAAAUCAGCUAUGUUAAAUCAUCAAUAUUUUAAACAUAAUAGACCAAAAAAGUAAGGGUUAAAAAAAUCUAUCAAAUAUUAAAGUAAAGAAAUAGAUGUUGAUGAUAGGAUGGAUGAUUUAAUUAUUUUAUAAUGA